GGUGGAGGAGCUGCGAAGGAGGAGCCGGGAAUCGAGGCGAGCGCACGCCACACGGGACGGUUUCUUGGGAAUAGUGCCAUCAACAGCUGAUUGGAAAUACUCCCCAAGGUCAUGAGAUACUAAAAGCGGUACUUCAGCUGUUUGGGUAUACUCCCCAAGGUAAUGAGAUAAUAAGACCGGUUCCUAUCUAUAUAGCCCAUAACUACCAGAUACGAGGAUGGCAACCACAAGAACAGUUUAUGUGUUCUCGGUAAUCCCACGACUGGCUAAACUUGUCCAAGAGAAGCUGCCCGAUGUGAACAUAAUAGAAGUCCAGCACAAAGGUACUGUUGAAGAAAAAUAUAAUAAGAAAGUUUAUGAUGAAGAAAUAACUGCCCUGCAAGAUGCUGAGGUGCUGCUUGUGGACAUCAACAUCUUGGCUGAGAUUUCAGAUAAACUACCUAAAGUCAAAUGGGCACAGGGAACAUGGGCAGGAGUGGAAGCAUUUCUAAGGAAUCCAGAGAAACUCCCAGCCUUCCCUGUAUCCCGCAUGGUCAAUGACACCUUCAGUCAGCUGAUGGCAGAGUACACAGUGGGCUGGAUUCUUAUUCAUGAACAUGGCUGGCUUGAUUGCCGGCAGUAUCAGCUGAAAAGUGAAUGGCAACACACGGGUAAAAUUGCAUAUUACCGCAGCCUGAAGGAACUGACAGUGGGUGUGCUGGGCAUGGGCAAUAUCGGCAAGGAAGUUGCCAGGAGUUUGAAAGCAUUCCACUCUGAAGUCCACGCAUUUACCCGCACUGUGCCAUCUCCUGAAUGCACGUCAAAGAAUAUAGACAAAUAUUGGCACACUGGUGAGCUGCAUGAGUUUUUAGGUCAGUGUGACUACAUUGUGAACAUCAUGCCAUCUACACCAAACACCAGAGGAAUGCUGGGUGGAAAUGCCUUCAAGCAUGCCAAAAAGGAUGCAGUAUUCAUCAAUAUUGGAAGAGGUGAUGUCAUUAGUGAAGAAGAUUUAAUCAUGGCUCUUGAUGCUGGAUGGCUUUCGGCAGCCAUACUGGAUGUCUUUGAAGUAGAACCAUUGCCUAAAGAAAGUAGCCUCUGGAAACACCCAAAGGUGAUGCUGACUCCCCAUUCUGCUGGAGUGAGUCGUGCUCAGGAUGUUACUGAAGCCUUCCUCCUGAACUACAAGAAAUUCAUCAGUGGCCAGGCAGUCAGUCAUGUCAUUGACUGGGAAACUGGAUACUAACUAAAGUAGCAUGUACUGUUCAAGUACAAAUGAACAGGUUGCCAAAUAUAAAUUGCUGUGCC